AUGGCCGUCGCAAUCUGGCCACCGAUAUCUCCAGAAGAGCUCGCGAUCAAAAAGGAGGAAUCCCUCAGGCGCGAGCUAGAAUGGAUAGUCACAGAAACCCACGAAGUCCUAAAGGACAUCCGCCACGGCCUGCAAGACUGCUACGCCCUCCUCGCCCCAAUCGACCCGGGAAGCACCCUCGUAAUGUCGACGCAGCGUAACGAGCGCGUCAAGGGAACAGUAACCCGCGUCGGGACCCGAAUAGUAAAAGGCGCAGUGCACCUACAACUAAAAACCCUCCCAACCCAAACCCUCACCCUCGACCCCUCCCACCCAGUCCACAUCGCCGCCCUCGAGACGAUACACACCCACCUGACAGAAUGCAUCGACCUCCUCUCCCUCACGACCGACCCCUCGCCCUCGCAGAACCCAAGCCAGCUCGCCGCGCAGCUGCGCAUCCUCUCCGCCUCCCUCAACGAGUCCUCCUCGCUCCUCAAGGGCCCGCCGCUGCACGAGUCCGAUCCGCGGUGGCAGACGGACUCGUGUCCGCCGGUCCACUUCACCCCGCCCCUCCCGCCCAACAUCAGCGUGCAUCUGGCCUUGCAGGAGUCGAGUCUGGUGCUGUGGCUGCGCGCGCUGGAGCCGGUCGACGCGCCGCAGAACUUCGGGACGAAGCUGGGCCUGGCGCUGGGUACGGUACGGAGGCUGGAGCACGACGAGAUGGAUCGGCCUUUUCGGUUCGCGUAUAGCAAUAUCACGGACGGUGGGGAGAAGCACAAGCACGGGGGCGCACAUCCGAGGAGCAGGCAGAGUAGUGUCAGUGGACUCGGGACGCCGUCCAGUAACGGGGAGCCGAACGAGGUGUUCGUGAGGGAGAAGGUCAGGGUGGAGAGCUUGCCGGACCCCAACUUGAUGUCGUUGUCGGCAAAGUUGGUUGCACUAGGGCACACGCUGGCCGGUGCCCGGAGAAAUCUGGCGGCUGUUAUGGGAGAAGAGAUUGAUGAGUAG